UCAAUCCACACAUAGACCUCCUCUUUUUAAUGGGGUUGAUUAUAAUUAUUGGAAAGUAAGAAUGAGAAUUUAUUUACAAUCUAUCGAUUAUGCCUUAUGGCGAAAUGUCGAAAAUGGUCCAUUUGUUCCCACAAAGAGAAAUGAAGAUAAAUUAGUUCCUAAGGACCCUAGUGAAUAUGAUGAAGAUGAUGAAAGAAAAUUAUCCUUAAAUGCUAAAACUAUGAACAUUUUGUAUUGUGCUUUAGAUAGAAAUGAGUUUAAUAGGAUCACUUCAUGUAAGUCUGCACAAGCCAUAUGGCAUACUUUAGAAGUAAUACAUGAGGGUACAAACCAAGUAAAAGAAACUAAGAUAAAUCAUCUCGUUCGUGCAUACGAAAUGUUCGAAAUGAAAGAUGAUGAAUCAAUCACCUCUAUGUACACACGAUUCACCGAUAUAGUUAAUGGUUUAAAUUCUCUUGACAGACCGUUCAAGGAAAGUGAAUUGGUGAACAAGAUCGUGAGGUCAUUGCCUAAGUCAUGGAGUGUCAAGAGAACCACAUUGGAGGAAAUGAAACACCUAUCAACUAUCUCUCUCGAUGACUUGAUCGGAUCUUUAAUGACUCAUGAACUUUCGCGAAUGAAAGACAAGGAAGAAGAUGAUAAGAAGAAAAAGGGAAUAGCAUUGAAAGCUUCAAUCCAAGAAGAAGUUAAUGAACAUGAGGAAGAAGACGAACUUGAUCAAUUAGACAAGGAAAUGAUCUCCCUAUUCACCAAGAAAUACAAGAGAUUCUACAAUAAGUAUAACCAAGGCAAGAGCUCAAGAAGAAAUGAAGAAAGGGGAGAUAAAAUUAAAAGAGAUGAAAUCAUUUGCUAUGAUUGCAAGAAGCCCGGACACAAAAGGACGGAGUGUCCUCUCAAAAGGAGCAACAAGAAGAGCUCCAAAAGAGAUGAACUCAAAAAGGUUCUCCAAGCAACUUGGGAUGAAUUAGAGCUCGGAGAAUCCGAUAGUGAUGAGCAAGAAGAAAUAGCAAAUAUGUGCUUCAUGGCCAUUGAUGAUAAUGAGGUAACCUCAAAUUCUAAACUUCAUAUCGAGGAAAAUAGUAUUAUACCUUUUUCAAAUGAGGAUAUAGAACAUGCAUUUUCCGAAUUACAUGAAGAAUAUACUAAACUUGCUCAUAGAAAUGCAUCUCAUAGAAAAACUAUAGAACUACUUAAGAAAGAAAUCACAUUGUUGACAAAUGAGAAAAGUACGAUAUUAUGUGAAAAUGUCUCCUUAAAAGAAAAGGUUGAUGAUUUGACAAAGAUCAUUUUGAAGUUCACCAAUGGAAAGAAAAACUUUGAUCAAAUGCUUGGUGGACAAAGAUGCGUUUUCAACAAAGGAGGUAUUGGUUACAAGACUCAUGAGCCAAGAGAGGAAAAGGUCAAGUGGUUUUUAGAUAGCGGAUGCUCAAAACACAUGACGGGAGACCUUUCCUUACUUAAAAACUUCACAAGGAAAAACGGAGGACGUGUGACAUUUGGCGACAACACAAAAGGAAAAAUUCUUGGAGUUGGCGAUGUCGGUAAUAGUGCCUCUCCCUUAAUUGAAAAUGUAUUUCUUGUUGAUAAUUUGAAACAUAACUUACUUAGUAUUAGCCAAUUGUGCGAUAAGGGAUACCGAGUUGUUUUUGAAUCAUCAAAAUGUUUGAUUGAAAAUGUUUGCAAUAAUGAAGUGGUGUUUAUUGGUGAUAGAAGUGAAAAUGUUUAUACAAUAGAUAUUGAAAAGUUAUCAUAUAAAAAUCAAUGCCUUUCCGUUUUAAAUGAUGAUUCUUGGCUUUGGCAUAGAAGACUUGGUCAUGCUAGCAUGCACCUACUUUCAAAACUUUCUAGAAAAGAAGUUGUUAGAGGAUUACCAAACCUUCCUUUUCAAAAGGAUAAAAUUUGCGAUGCAUGUCAAUUUGGAAAGCAAGUUCGAACCUCUUUCAAAUCUAUUUUAGAAAUCUCUACAACAAGACCUUUGCAAUUGCUUCACAUGGAUCUAUUUGGUCCAUCAAGAACAACAAGUCUUGGUGGAAAACAUUAUGCAUUUGUCAUUGUUGAUGAUUUUUCAAGAUAUACAUGGGUAAUCUUCUUAGCAACUAAAGAUGAGGCAUUGAAAACAUUUUUAUAUUUUUGCAAAAGAGUUCAAAAUGAGCAAGGUUAUCUAAUUACUACCAUUAAAAGUGAUCACGGUGGAGAAUUUGAUAAUGAUGCUUUUGAAACACUUUGUAAUGAGAAUGGGUAUAAACAUAAUUUCUCGACACCAAGAACACCACAACAAAAUGGUGUUGUUGAAAGGAAAAAUAGAAUUCUACAAGAAAUGGCUAGGUCUAUGUUAAAUGAAAAUGGAUUACCAAAAUACUUUUGGGCCGAGGCGGUUAACACUUCUUGUUACAUUGUAAAUAGAGUUCUUAUUAGACCAAAAAUGGAUAAAACUCCAUAUGAGCUUUGGAAGGGUAGAAAACCCAACAUUGGUUAUUUUAGAGUCUUUGGUUGCAAAUGUUUUAUUUUAAACACCAAAGACAACUUGGGAAAAUUUGAUGCAAAAUCCGAUGUUGGAAUUUUUCUUGGUUAUUCUACUACUAGCAAAGCUUAUAGAGUAUUUAAUAAAAGAACUUUAGUUGUAGAAGAAUCCAUGCAUGUCGUAUUUGAUGAAACUAACACCUUUGUGGAGAAAAGUCUAGAUGAUGAUGAUUUAGGUUUGGAGCAUAAAAUGAGCAAUAUGGAGUUGAAUGACAAAGAAGCAAUGGAUCCCAAGGAGAAAGAACCUCAAACCUACAACACACCACAACGUCAAGAGGAUCAAGUUAAUGAUUCAAAACAAGAUAGUACAUCCAAUCAACUACCGAAGGAAUGGAGGUAUAGUACCUCUCAUCCUAAAGAUAAAAUCUUAGCGAUGCAAGAAGAGCUAAAUCAAUUUGAAAGAAGUGAUGUAUGGGAUUUAGUCCCUAGACCUAGUACUCAAUCUGUGAUUGGCACCAAGUGGGUCUUUAGAAAUAAGAGAGAUGAGCACGGAGUGAUUGUGAGAAACAAGGCUAGACUAGUGGCCCAAGGUUUCAAUCAAGAAGAAGGAAUAGAUUAUGAAGAAACCUUUGCACCAGUUGCUAGAUUAGAAUCCAUUAGAAUGUUAUUAGCCUUUGCAUCCCACAAAGAGUUCACUCUUUAUCAAAUGGAUGUUAAAAGUGCUUUUCUUAAUGGAUACAUUGUAGAAGAAGUAUAUGUAGAACAACCACCCGGUUUUCAAGAUCACAAGUGUCCGGAUCAUCUUUUUGAAAAGAAAUCCAUUGUAGAAGGAAGAUUUGUGGAUUUUAGUGAGUUUAGAGAGUUAGACAUUGAGAGAUUGUUUGAGACUCUAGGUUGGAAAGCAUUUGUGGAGGUUAAGGAAGUAGUCUACCCUAGGUUAGUAAAAGCCUUUUAUGCCCAUAUGGAAUACACGACGUGUGACUCCAAUGUCCAACUAUCAUGCACUCUCAAGGGACAACGCAUAGAAAUUGAUAGAGAGGUAAUCUCAAACAUUUUUGGGAUUCUGAAUGUGGGAAAAUGUGUGCAUACUUGUGACUCUUGGGCUUAUCAUGGGGAAACAAUGUCAAGGAUUAUUAUGGAGAAAACCCCAACUCAAUGGAGCGAUGAAGACGAGAUUGAGCCUCUACCCCCAAAGCCAAAAGCCAAUGAACUACCCCUUAGGAGUAGAGUCAUUCACCUCAUUAUCUCAAACAAUAUCACUCCUAGAGGAGGGCAUAGGGAUGAGGUUUCAUUCACUGAUCUUUAUCUGAUGUUCUGCCUUCUCCAAAGUGAACGGACAAACCUUCCCUAUUUGAUCAUUCACAAGAUGGUGGAGGGCAAUAAUUUGGCUAGGGAUCCGAGUCUUCCGUAUGGGAUGGUGCUAACAAAGGUUUUUCGUUAUUUCAACGUAGAUCUUGAUGACGAAACAUAUGUUAUUCCACCCAAAUCUGAUUACAAUAAAACCACGAUCAAACUCAUGGGCUAUAAGUUUGAAAAUGGAAGGUGGAUUUCGAAGAAAAGGGCCAGAGUUGAAAACGAAGGAGACGAAGAAGAGACUAGAGGCAGUUCAACUCAGUUCAAUGACGAAGCAUUAAAUCACCUCCAUGGACGGAUUGAGUCCCUUUGUACAAGUCAUGAUGAGCUUCGAACGCAACUAAACACCGGCAUCCAAAGUCUCUAUUCCCUUUGUCGACUCAAGCAUCUCCAAUCUCCGGAAUGA